AUGUGGCGGUCGGCACGGUCCCGACGGUUCCCGUUGCGGACUCCGGUGUUUACGCGGACAAGUGCUUCCAGCAGCACCUGGGGCGGAAAGACGCGAGAGGCGACACGAGAAGCGCAAGAAUCACAAUGCCCAGAAGUGCAGAAAGCACGGAAACCGCGUCGCAAGGAUCCCAACGAGGGUCAAAGGAAGGCCAGGGAGGCCAGGGAGGCCAGGGAGGCCAGGGAGGCCAGGGAGGCCAGGGAGGCCUUGUUCUUCCAGCUCCAGGGUUUUGGCCUUGAGGGCGAGGGGAAGAGGCGCUGGAAAGAUGCGGCGCAUCGGGCCACCGUGGUCCAGGCAGCUGACGAGCUCAGCAGGCGCCAGUGGCUUCACAGCACGAAGGACUUCACGGUUGUGGCCUCGGCACUGAUCCGUGCCAGUCGCUGGUCCAGGGCCCUGUCGGCCUUGAUUGAAGAGCUUCCCACAGCAACGCUGUUGCCGGAUGCAGUGGCCUGGAAUGCCUGUGCAGCGGCGUGUGCAGCCGGAAGCCACUGGGUUGGAGCAUUGGCCAUCUUACAAAGGGCAGAAGAUGAGAUGCAGUCCUCCAUCUUGCCCACGCUUCGCGCAGCCAUGGACGCAUGCUUGAAGGCCAGUCUCUGGCAGAGAGCUCUGCUCUUACUACCAGACAAUGAUAUCGGCGACGCUGGCUGCUUUGCAGCCGCAGCUCGGGCAUUGGGGCGGGCCGCACACUGGAGGAGGGCGCUGACGCUCCUUCACACCACCUGCUCCUCAGUGAAAGAUGCAUCCCAACUGCUACUCGACAUCUUGGGCGUGUUGGCGAAAGCUGGCCAGUGGAAGCACGCCUGUGCUGUAAUGUCUGCUUCCCACCACGUGGGCGUGGCGCCGGGCGCAAAUCGUGCCGAUGACGUGCUGCACGUCGCCAAAUUUGAUGGUGCGGCAUUGAAUGCUGUGAUCUCAGCCUGUACAGAGGCUGCCAGGUGGGAGGAGGCCCUUCGGGUUCUCGAUGCGGGCCAUGAGCUGAAUGAGCUGAGGACCCGCGCAGACGUGGUAAACCACAAUGCAGCUCUUGCUGCGUGCGCUCGAGCCGCCCAAUGGCAAAGUACUUUGAGGCUGCUUUCUGCAAUGCUGGCAGCCAGUGCAACAAGACCGGACAUUGCAAGCUUCAGCAUUGCUAUCACCGCUUGCGAGAAGGGUGGGCGGAGUCGUGAGGCCUCCCAGUUGAUGGAAACCAUGGCCAGCAUGGCUCUCCAUUUGGAUGCGAUUGCCUUCAGCGCUUGCAUCAGCGCCUGUGAGAAGUCCAACGACUGGGCCAGGGCGCUGCGCCUCCUCACCCUGGCUUUCAUGCAAGGGCAAGCUGACCCAGUGACCUGUAACACGGCACUAAGUGCCUGUGAGAAGGCCUCACGCUGGGAACUUGCAUUGCACCUCCUUUCCGGAAAGUACAGCUGGGAGCUUGGUUCUGUUGGGUAUGGUGCCUUUCUCACCUCAUGCAGACACAGCGCUCGUUGGACAGAAGCCUUAACAGUCCUUCGCCACAAAGCUGUGGACUCAAUUGGGCUCUCUUGUGCUGUCACGGCAGCUGAGACCGCCAGUAACCCGAAAGCGGCCUUGGCGCUUCUCCAGCAGCUUCUGCUACACACCAGCAAGCAACUGCUCUUCGCCUGCAGAAUAGGGGGAGGUCCCGCAGCAAACCGGGCACAUGCCGCCUCAACUGGAGGCCUGGAUGCCUUGGAAGGUUAUGGACUUCUCCAUUUGGGCGGACUUUCGGUGACACGGACGCGCGUCCGAGUGCCGGCACUUGAAGAAUUCCAGGGCAACUUUGCAGAGACCUUAGCAGAGAGUCGUGUGCUGCAGUCCCUCUGCGACCUGGGCAGACCAUGCACUAGAGACACCCUUGAGCAGCAACUCGAAGACAUAUCAGACACUGAGCUGAAUUGUUGGCAGCAACGAGCACGUGAUGAUCUGACGGAAAUGCUGUCGGCUGUGUCGACCACCUCGCCAAGCUUGGCAAUGCCGGUUCAAGCUGCUGCGCAGAGGAUCGCUGCGUGGACGUCGCUUGAGCUUGAAGGACAACGAGGACGCCAAUGGCAUCUAUGUGGUGCAAUGGAGGUAGUAUUUGGAGGACGCAGAUGA